AACACAAGCAUAUUCUUCCACGAUAAGGUCAUGGAAACAACAAAUUAUUUGAUUCACUGUCAUUAACAUUUUUUUUUAAUUUGUCACAUUCCUCUUAUUUCUUCUGAAAGUAACCCAAGAUGAAAACAUUCGUUUUCAAUAUAGGAAGUCUAUUGAAACGAUGCUUCAUCCCGACAUUAGCAGCCACAGCUGUAGAGGUUAAUUCUAAAAAUACAUCAGAAGAAAAAGAGGAAUGUUUAAUUAGACCUAGUGAACUUCCAUUGUACAAAAGAGAACCACCUUCGAUUUUAGCGCCUCCCAAGGAACAGAACCCGCAACUGGCCAAAAUCAGUGAGUUCAUUGGGUCAUUACGGAUACAACUUUUUAAAUUCACUCACGAAUGCAGUCAGUACAAAAAAGUUGGUUUGCAAGAGAUUAAUAAAAGGAAAGACGACAUGGACUGGUUAGUUCGUUACUUACAAGAAGAAAAUAAUACAUUACCUAAAAUUGGAGCGAUUGGUAUAGGAGGUUUGACCGGGUUAAUUUUUGGCCUUAGAGGAGGUUUAAUUAAAAAAACCAUUUAUUCUACGAUAGGAGCGUUAGGUAUUGCUUCAGUUUGUUACCCUAAAGAAGCCUCAGAAUAUGGCCAAAUUGGACUUACUGAAGGAAAGAAAUAUGCAAUGGUGUCAUAUAAUUUCAUAACUGGAGCAAAGAAAGAAGACCCGCCGAAGGAGUUUCCAACGCUUCCGCAACUACCUUCGAGUUUAAGCGAAGUCUGGGAAUCCAUGAAAUCGACUGCUUCAUCUUUUAUGCCGUCAGAUACUCCUAAAAGUAAUGUUGCCAACGUGGAAAAGGUAACGGAAAACUUGACAGCAACCUUACCCAUCUCCGAUCAAGAUCCGCCCUAUCCUCCGCCUCCUCCGAUCCACCUUGAACGACCAUUGUCUGACCCAAAUACGCUCUAUUCCUUCCAUAAAUAUCCUAGUGAAUAGAGUCGAAACGAUUUUGGGUAAUUGUCCUCGAGUAGAACUCGUUAUGUGAAGUAAACGGUUUAGUAUUUUGUAAACAAAUCAGAGUGAAGUGGAAUAUGAAUAGUAUUUAAAUCAAAUAGGAAAUCAAUAAUAAAAUCGUAUUUGAUCAAUGAAUGUUUUUAUUUAAAAAAAUAAACAACGGCUGUGUCAUCACAGCAGAAUAGAGCUUAAUGUGUUACAUUAAAUCGUUUUUUUUAUGUAUACAUGUAUGAACAGAACUUAAAACUAUCUUGGACUCCAUCUACUACAAAUUACGUUCGAUUUUACAACAAAUCAAAUGUUAACAAAGGAAUCUGAAACGUAAUUUGGUUGAAAAAAAAAAAACAUUGCUUCUUUACAACUGAAAAAUAUAUCUUAUAUUAUUCAGAAACCUCUAAUUGGAGUAUUAUGAAACUGCCAUAUACCUUUAGCAUUUUAUUAUUUGCUCUACAUCAAAUUGUCACGACAAAGCAAGCGAGAUAAAAAUAAUUGAAAAGUGUAAUACUUGGUGAAUUUUCCAUUAUGUUAAUGACUCGAUUAAUUUAAACAAAGUAAAUCGCUUCUCACAUCUUUAACGUCCAGCACUCGUCUUUUUGACAAUUUAUAUUCACAUAACAACAACUAAUUAAAGAGUAAUAUUAUUAAUAUAGAAAAUAUUAAUUUUCGUUAAAUUUUUUGAGCCUAAACGUAAGUUUUUCAACUAAACCUGAAGGGUAUUAUAGCAUAGGAACAAUCUCUUAAACGUAUCCCUAGUGGUAGAAGCUAUAAUAAUUAACAUCACAAAUGUGUUAUCACGUGUAGAAAAAAAAAAUGUUUUGUAACAUACAGCUUUAACCAUACAGGGCGAUCUGUUAAGGCGAUAAAGUCCCAAUUGAAUUGAACAAAAUUUGCUUUAUGAAUCACCCUGUCUAAUUUAGUAGAAUUUACAUUGCUUACAAACCUUGAAAAUAAGAGUCGAGCCCUUUAAAUAUUCCAAUCAAUAAACUAUAACUAAAAAUAAUUGUUUCAAAACGAUAAAAUUUUUAAACAAUACAACUUUUAAGCAGUUUUUUUUUACUUUUUUUU